AUGUUAGUUGAACGCCAAAACCACUUUCGAGCUGGAGUUGGAUAUGUCCGAGAAGCCAUCAUAAAGUUCCCGGCAUUGAACAGCAUCAAGAUCAACCCUCGUCCAAUAGGUAAUUACUACGAGCAGCGGUUUGCUGGAACCAUAAAACGGAGUAGGGGUACCACGCCGCUCUUCCGCAAACUUGGAGCACAUGAGUUCGAAUUAACGACCGACACGGCUCCGUACGGCUCAGAGUCCAUCUUGGAGUUCAGCCUUGACGGUCUUCUCUUCAUGGAGUAUCACGCAGAGAUCAAUAUGCUGGAAAACCUCUUCAAUGUCUUGAGCUCGGUUGACUUGGGCAAGUUCACUGUUGAUCUGACGAUCACUGCAACGAACCUUCUAUCUAAUGGCAAGGUCUUUGACACCAGUCACCGAACUUGGACAGCCAUGGCCCCCCGUAUAUAUAAACGCCAUAUACCGUACUUGAGUAAGGACACUGCCAGAUCAACAGUUCAUCAAAACAACGAUAUCGAAACUAUGGCCUCUCGAACUAUUGUCUUCAUCACCGGAGCCAACACCGGCCUCGGGCUUCACACCGUGAAGGCUCUAUACAGAUCAACAAACACAUACGACAUCUUACUCGGUGCUCGAGACUCGAACAAGGCAUCAGUUGCUAUCGACGAAAUCAAACAAGAGAACCCCAACUCUUCGAACAGCAUCGAGGGAAUCCAAAUCGACCUUCAGGAUGACGCUUCGAUUGCUCAAGCGUUCGAAACAGUCUCCAGGAAACAUGGCAAGAUAGAUGUUCUUCUCAACAAUGCGGGAGCGCAGUUCGACCAGCAAGUACCCAAGGGCAACAUGACCAUCAGAGACAUGUGGAACAAAUCUUGGGACGUCAACGUGACUGGCACAUAUAUAGUGACCGAAGUCUUUGCUCCAUUGCUUCUCAAAUCGUCUCAGCCACGACUGGUUUUCAUCACCAGUGGCACAAGCACCCUCGCAGAGCACGACAACUUAGCGAUGCCCAUAAACCGCUCCCCUCCUAAAGGCUGGCCCAAGGAAUCCUUUGCAGUCACGGCGUAUCGAGCAGCCAAGACCGGUAUGAAUAUGAUGGUGCUGGAAUGGGCUCGGAUGCUCAAGGAGGAUGGCGUCAAGGUGUUCGCAGUCAGCCCUGGCAUGCUAGCUACAGGUCUGGGCGGUGAUCCUGAGGCUAUGAAAGAGAUGGGGGCUAUUGAUCCGAAGAUUGGGGCGGAAGUCGUUCGCGAUGUCGUCGAAGGUCUUCGGGACGAGGAUGUCGGGAAAGUGGUGCGCAAGGAUAAUGUUCAGCCAUGGUAG